GGUUGCUCCGGGCAUCCGGUUUCCGCCUCCCGUCUGCUUCCGGAAGCUCAGCUCAAAAUGCUGAAGUGCUCCUGCGAAGUCGCUGGUGCUGUGGAAGUUGGAGUCUGUUCUCGGGCCUGAGCCUUGAGGCCAGGCUCCUGGGUGUCGUUAAUGUUCGGGGCCGCCGGGCGCCAACCGAUCGGAGCUCCAGCCGCCGGGAACAGCUGGCAUUUCAGUCGAACCAUGGAAGAACUUGUUCACGAUCUCGUCUCAGCGUUGGAGGAGAGCUCAGAGCAAGCUCGAGGUGGCUUUGCUGAAACGGGAGACCAUUCUAGAAGUAUAUCCUGCCCUCUGAAACGCCAGGCGAGGAAGCGGAGGGGGAGAAAACGAAGGUCGUAUAACGUGCACCACCCGUGGGAGACGGGUCACUGCCUAAGCGAAGGCUCUGAUUCUAGUUUAGAAGAACCAAGCAAGGACUACAGAGAGAAUCACAAUAAUAAUAAGAAGGAUCACAGUGACUCUGACGACCAGAUGUUGGUGGCAAAGCGCCGGCCAUCCUCCAGCUUGAAUAAUAACGUGCGGGGGAAAAGACCUCUGUGGCCCGAGUCGGACUUUGCCGUGGACAGCCUCGGGAACCGAGCUCUGCGCAGGAGACGGAAGGUCAAGCGCAUGGCCGUGGACCUGCCCCAGGACAGCGCCAGCAAAAGGACCAUGACCCAGCCCCUGGACGGCUCCAGGGAUCAGGACAUGGACAAUGACAACAGAGCGUACCAGUACCACGAGUUCACCAGGAACAAGGUCAAAAAAAGGAAACUGAAAAUAGCUAGGCAAGGACCAAAAAUCCAAGAUGAAGGCGUAGUUUUAGAAAGCGAGGAAAUAAGCCAGACCGGUAAGGACAAAAUGGAGUAUGAAGAACAAAAGGUCUCAGAUGAACUCAUGAGUGAAAGUGAUUCCAGCAGUCUCAGCAGCACUGAUGCUGGUUUGUUUACCAAUGAUGAGGGAAGACAAGGUGACGAUGAGCAGAGUGACUGGUUUUACGAGAAGGAAUCCGGGGGAGCGUGUGGCAUCACUGGAGUCAUUCCCUGGUGGGAGAAGGAAGAUCCUACCGAGCUAGACACAAAUCUAGCAGAUCCUGUCUUUGAAAGUAUCUUAACUGGUUCUUUCCCCCUCAUGUCACAUCCGGGAAGAAGAGGUUUCCAAGCUAGACUCAGUCGCCUUCAUGGAAUACCUUCCAAGAAUAUUAAAAAAUCUGGAGGGACCCCAGCUUCAAUGGUGACCACUCCUGGGCCAGUCAGUAAUAAGAGAAUGGUUCAUUUUUCCCCAGAUUCUCAUCACCAUGACCAUUGGUUUAGCCCUGGGGCUAGGACAGAGCAUGGCCAGCUUCUGAGAGAUAACCGAGCUGAAAGAGGACACAAGAAAAACUGUUCUGUGAAAACAGCCAGCAGGCAAACAAGCAUGCACUUAGGAUCCCUAUGCACAGGAGAUAUCAAACGGAGAAGAAAAGCUGCACCUUUGCCUGGACCUACUACCACAGGAUUAGUAGGAGAAAACGCCCAGCCAAUCCUCGAAACCAACAUUGGAAACCGAAUGCUGCAGAACAUGGGCUGGACACCGGGGUCAGGCCUCGGCCGAGACGGCAAGGGGCUCGCUGAGCCGAUUCAAGCCGUGCAGAGGCCCAAAGGGCUAGGACUUGGAUUUCCUCUACCAAAAAGCACUCCCGCCACCACUGCCCCCAGUUCAGGAAAAUCCGCCUAAGCGGAGAAGCACAGGAGAGAUGUUUUACAAGUCUGAUUUGCUACACGCAUCUACCCCAUUGUUCUCAGAUCGCAACGUAGCUUCUGUGUUCGAAGCAGAAAUCUGCCACCGCCUCGCCCCUGUCGCUCUAGCUUCCUCGCCGCGCCGAGUCCUGCCACAGUGAUAGAAAUGGGAUUUCAUCACAGGUCAUGGUGCUAAAGUAAAAGCCUUUCUUUACCUUUUCACAUUUUUCAGUGAUUCCAGCUCCUAGGUAUGAAGAACAGCUCGUUUCUCUUAUUUAUUUUGAUCUCAUACAUCAGUAACGUCUAAAGCUUUAGCGUGAUUCACUUGUGUGUGUGUGUGUGUGUGUGUGUGUGUGUGUGUGUGUGUGUGUGCGUGUGUGUGUGCGUGCGGCGGCGCAUGUGGUACCCGAGCUCAUCCAGAGGUUUCUGAAAUGGGAUCAGCCAGAAAGGGUUGUGUCUCACGUCAUCCCCGUCUGUUGUAACCGUAGACACCUAUCACCACAGCAGUGAAGUCCCAAGCAAAUCUUUGUUUGAGAGGCUGGUCAAUUUCAUAUUCCCUGAAAUUGGCUUUUUUUGUUAAGGUGUCACCCGGGCGUCUUCAGUCCUCAGACAGUGGAGUAUGAAGUUCACAGCUGACAAACAGCAAUUAAUGUUGCCCUCUGACAUUUUGACAAAAAUAAACCUCAUCAUUGUGAUCACCAGAGUGCCCUCAACAAUUACUUUAAUGCAGAUUUUAUCAAUUUUACCUCAUUUAAAACAUAAAAUAAUUAUUGAAAGAAAAGAAGUGUAUUUUUUAAAUUCACCAUGACUGAACAGUAAAUUCUGUUCAUCCAAACUUACUUCUACCUCUUUCUUCCCAAAGGGUGAUAUUUUUUUAAGAGCAACUCAACUGUAGUAAACUGAUUUUAAAUUUUAACUAUCGGAGUAAAUUAGAGUACCAAAUCAAUUUAUUUGAAGAUUUAAAUGGCUCUCCCAAGAAUUCAGAAUUCUAGCAAUGAUCCAGACCAUUUACAAGGUGAACAAAAAAAAAUAAAGAAUGGUACCGCUUUGCCCUUUCUAACAUUUAAGCAGUACUUUAAAACCAAGCGAAACAAAUCGUUCCUAUUAUGUGCCUAGUCUUGUUAUGUCUGAAUCACCUGCUUCACUACGUCGGAUUCGAAACUGCUCUGUUUAGAUGUUGCUUAGUUACCAUCUUUCUUCUUAAGGACUAAGGUAUUCUCUUUGUAAUGAUCUUUAUUGGUUGAGUAAAGGCCAAGAUAACACAAUGUGAAUCACAUGUCUAAGGGUUUUGGUUUUUUUUUAAGCUUUGCUUUUCUAGAGUGUUAGGUUCACAGCAAAAUUAAGGCAAAGAUGCAGAGACUGCUCAGCCACCCUCUGCCCUACACAUGCAUGGCCUUCCCCAUGAACAGCAGCCCCCAUGAACAGCGUCCCCCAUGAACGGCAUCCCCCAUGAACGGCAUCCCCCAUGAACAGCGUCCCCCAUGUACAGCAUCCCCCAUGUACAGCAUCCCCCAUCAGAGUGGGACAUUUGCUACAACUGGUGAACCUACAUUGACACGUCAUCAUCCCCCAAAAGCCACAGUUCAUACUACAGUUCACUCUUGGUGUUGAACAUUCCAUGGGCUUGGACAAACGUGUAUGCACCAUCCAUCAUACAGAGGCGUUUAAUGGUGAUAAAAUUCCUCUGUGCUCCUCUAAUAGGUUUUUGAAAAUUUGUAAAUCCCCAAGACUUUUUUAAAGAGGGGAAAGGAGAUUAGUGCAUGUAGUAGAGCUGUCCCAGGUGGUCCCUGAAAGGAAAUACUGCCAGUGAGGGAAAGGAAGGUCGGCCUGCGAUGUGAAAGGCUUGGUGAUUUGCCAAAUUACACGUCCCUUUUAAGAAUUAUCUUCUUUCCUAGAGGUAUUGUGGUCAGAGGACAGGUUGCUUAGGGAACUAGACCACCAGGUGAGUUGCUCUUUUAGCACAUUCUUGCUGGAUGAAGUAGCCCCUUUGUAUGAUUAUUUUCUACAUGUUCAUUACUUAGAAAUUUGCCAUUUUUAAAAAACGAUUUUUGUUAAAUGCCCAUUCUAUCUACGUAAGGGGUCAAGGUUGGAGGAGAUUGUCUAUAUUUUGGUUUAAAACUUCUUUAUGGUCAUGUAUCACGAGCUAGGAUCUGUUCAAAAGUGUUUUGGGUUUUUUUGGUUUUUGGUUUUUAACUAAUUCCACUGCCUGAAGAUCUUCUGAAAUCCUAGCAUUUUGAAGAGCCAAGUUUGGAGCUACCAGUAACACACAAUGAAGUUACCAUGAGACUGACUGACCUCAGGCUCCAAAGGACCUGGCCCACUCUUUUCACGUCACCACGUUCUGACCCUCAUGGUGAGAAAGAGCAGAGCACAGAGCAGGCAGCACAAGGGAAUCCCUCAACUAAAUACCGAGCUUUAUGAAUACUUUCUGCUGUCCUCCUGGACGGUACUAGUCUUCUGAAACAACCCCUCUGAGCGCCUCCUCCCUGAGCUUGGGUGUGCUCCGUCUCUGCCCUCCCCAGAUAAUUCAUCUCUGUAGUUUCACUCAAUAGAAGAAAGGCCUCAGUCUUGAUAUUUAGAGUCCUCUAAGUAGCUCACAGACGACUGAAAAUAUUUCUUGCUCUAAGGAAGUGUUUAAGGAGAUCGAAUCCGAGACUCAGUGUUCAGAGCAGAGCAGAGCAGUGGCGAUGUCCCAGGCUGCCCCGUGCGCUCACGCAGACCUGUACCAGGAGCACAUGUAUCCCCUCCCCUUCUAGUCCUUAAGGGAAAUCACGGCACACCCAAAGUCCUGCUUGGACUGGAACUUUAUCAGAGAAAUAAACACAAUGGAAAAAUGGAAUUUUUAAUGUCAGUCAGACAUCUUUUAAGAUAUGAAGUUCACUAAUGUAUUUUUUAUAUAUAGUAAUAGCUAAUUUUGACCAGUUACUAUGACCAUAGAACUCAAAGCAUCCAAAGGAGUUCAUGCUUUAGAAUAUAUCAAUCAUAUCUCUUUAAAAAGAUGGUAAGAUUUUUCUCUUCGCUUUCAUAAAGCCACUCUUCUGCAGUUUCUAAAGCCUCAUGUCAAAUUAAUUGCUUGUGCUCAAAAUGUUAGAGAGUGCAUAGGCCCCUCCAUUACCUUCCAAAUCAUCCAUUGCCCAGCAGCAGCCAAGAGAGGCUGAGCGUGGCUCUAUUAGCAAAUUAACUUUUUGCCUUUAUAUACUUGUUAUAGUUGAUAUUGACCAGAUUGUGUCCUGGAGUCAUUUCCUUCCUUCCUUCCUUCCUUCCUUCUUUUCCUUCUUUUUCCCUAAUGUUUAAGGCUAUGUUCCCCUCAAAUUCCUUUGCCUUUAUUUUUAAAUUUUAUGGUACCCCUUUAAAAGAAAAUCCAUUGCUAACUGAAAUUUACCGAUUAGUUGAUCUCAGUGUUUAAAUACAUAGAUUUUUAUAACUCAUACCGUGGCCAUCAAACAGAAGAUAAGACAGUAGGGUUAAAGGUAUGAUAUGCCUGAUGUAUACUUAGAGGUGUGUUUACAGGGCACAUAUGUGUGCAAUAUACAGACAUGACUGCAAAAUACUGCAUUUUAUUGAUAUGUUUAUUUUAACACUGUGAAUUGAUAUUCUUGCAAUUAAUUGAACUGACAGUUGCUUCUCUUCGAUCUGUUUUUGUUUUGAGCAAAUGCUUCACAAAAGAGAAAAAUCACUGUUGACAUGCUUCUUAAAACUAUUUCCUCCUGUACCUUUUCUUUAAGAAAAAAAAAAGCGAUCUAAAUUGGUAUUGUAAAAUGAAUUUGUUUAGCAAAGAAUAUUUUGGAUUUUUUUUCUUUUGGUAGAAAGAUAUAUUAAUAAUGCAACAAAGAGUGAGAGAAUAAAUGUAAUGCUUAAGAAUGUUAUUUAUAAGCAGUCCUUGUCUCUGUGCUUUGAAUGUUUCCCUCUUAAAGGAAUAAAAAAAAUAAAGUGGAAGGACUUCAAAUGUU